UCUUAAUACAAUUAUCUGCACUCUUUGUAGUCUUUUGCGAAUAAGGUGAAAUUUUCAGCAUUUUAUAAUAAAUUUUUAAAAAAAUUUGUCAAAAUUAAAACAUGUCGGCACCUUUGGAAAAUCUUGAAACGCAACUGGAAAUGUUUAUUGAAAAUGUACGUCAAAUACGCAUCAUCGUCAGCGAUUUUCAGCCUCAGGGACAAAAUGUGCUAAAUCAGAAAAUAAAUGGUUUGGUUACUGGUUUGCAGGAAAUUAAUAAACUACGCAGUCAAGUUCAGGACAUAUAUGUACCUUUCGAAGUCUUCGACUACAUUGACCAGGACAAAAAUCCACAAUUAUAUACCAAGGACUGUGUGGAAAAAGCAUUAGCAAAGAACGAAGAAGUUAAGGGUAAAAUUGAUGCGUAUCGUAAAUUUAAGGCUCACAUGCUAUUGGAAUUAUGUAAAACUUUCCCCAACGAAAUGAACAUGUACCGGGCCUAUCGUCCAGACUCGAUUUAAUAAUCCGCAUUACUCAGUAAACCAGUCUAUAUAUUCGUACUGUGUGCCGUAGAGCCCCUUAAAUUAAAUAUGUGACGAAAGAAGGGCUCGGUGUCUUCUUUUAAUACCUAAAUGCAUGCUUAAUAACGUUUUCAGAGAUUAUUAAUCUGCCUGCAUUCAAUGAAAUUUUGCAUCAAUCUAAGCAUUUUCAUCUCGAUUUCGAAGCGCAUGAAGUAACUAAAUCGACAUUAGCAAAUAGGUUAAAUCGAUCAAAGCUACAGCUUAACUAUAUUUAACGCUUUGCACUCGAAGCUUUUUUUCAUUCGUAUUACAAUGUACGAGCCGCGACCGUCAUUUGUCACCAACAGCGAAACACCCGAAUACUAGUUUUUAAGAUAUGUUUUUGUUUUUAUGUUAAGAACUGCAAAUUAUUUACAAUGUCUCCGUAGCGGAGCCCUCGUGUUUGAAGACCAAUUUUAAAUGGCUCCGCUUCGAAUUUUUUUUUUUUUUUGAUUUUGCAAAUGAAAUCUUGCAAUACUUUAUAUAAAACAAAUAAG